AUGGGGUUUGGGGCCAGGUGGAUUAGAUGGAUAAGGCAUUGUAUUGGCACUGUCAGGUUCUCUAUACUCGUUAAUAGAGUACCCACUGGCUUCUUCUCUUCUCAGAGAGGCCUGAGACAGGGAGACCCUCUUUCCCCAUUUUUGUUCAUCUUAGCUAUGGAAGGAGUGAGUAACAUUAUUAAUACAGCAAAGGGGAAGGGGUGGAUCAAGGGGUUCCAAGCAGGAGACCUAUCUAAUUUGGAGAUAACUCAUCUACAAUAUGCAGAUGACACUGUGGUGGCAAAACAAAUUCUGAUAUUGAGGGUUAUUUUUGUCAUUUUUGAAGUUGUCUCUGAUCUCCACAUAAACUGGGGAAAAAGCUUCAUCUAUCCUAUCAACAGUGUGCUUAAUAUAGAUGAUUUGUUCAGUAAACUAAGAGGCAAGGUUGGGGAGCUUUCAACUACUUUUCUAGGCAUGCCUUUGGGAGCUAAAAGCAAAUCCAAAGGCAUAUGGAAUAAGGUCCUGGAGAAAUGUGAAAAGAGACUAACUGGAAGAGCCACAACAGGCCACUGUGGCUACAUGUGGACUGGACAAGGAUGGAAUUUGUUCCUAAGGAGGAACCUUCAUGACUGGGAGACAGACAAAGUGGCAGAUUUUCAACAUUCAGUAGGCUCAUUUAGCAACCUCGCUGAAAAGGACUUGCUGAUUUGGAAGAAUGACGUCAAUUCUGAGUAA